CUCCAGACAGUCAUAUUGUUUGUCUGUCCAUUUCUCCAGAGAUCCUCCAGGAUGCAGUCAUUAUCAGCAGGGCAGAGGCAGGGUCCUUUCCACCUCCACAGGUUCUGAUCCCAUCCUUCUGGGGGCUGAGGAGGCCUCUCGAUUGGGUGUGAUCCCCUCCUCUUGGGGCUCCUGGAGGUCAAGCGAUGGCUCAUGCACUAAAUGACCCACACCUGGGCGCCGGCCCAUCCGAGGACUCUGAACUCUCUCAGAAUGAGUCUGAAACGGCGAGCUUGGUGUCUGAGGACUCUAUCAUGCCAGACUAUGAGAUGGAGCGGGGUAGAGGAGGCACCACCUCUACACUGUACGAGGCCUGUAACAGGAACGAGGCGCUAACCCUACAGAGGGUCCUGGAGAGGGGGGUUACUAAGGAAGAAGUCAUGGAGCUGGACAUCAACGGCAGGAAUGGCCUGAUGUUGGCUGUCUCCAGAGGCUACGUGGACAUGGUCUACGGUCUACACACGUGUCCACUGAUAGACAUCAACCAUCAGGACAACGAAGGCAGCACAGCAGUGAUGAUCGCUGCCCAGGCCGGCUACAUAUCCAUCCUCAACUUCAUCCUGAACUACUACCCUAAGGUAGACCUGGAGGUGAGGGACAUCAGAGGCUUCACUGCCCUCAUCAAAGCAGCCAUACAGGGCAGGGAGGACUGUGUGUCUUCCCUCAUAAUGGCCGGUGCUGAUAUCAACGUAGUGGACGAUGUCAAAGGGAAAAGCAUAACAGACUGGGCCCUGAAGACAAGUCGCUUCGAGGUCCUGCAGCGUCUCCGUCGCCUCCAGGCAUGUCCCAUCGCCGAACAGUUCUGCGAUGGCUACGUGAUGGAGUGGCCCGAGCUGAAGGAGUUGGUGGCUAAAGCCAUGGCCCCCAAGAACCUGACCCAGCGAUUGAAAGAUAGCUUGACCUUCAGCUUCCCCAACGACCCUCAGGACAAUGGGGUGUUGGAUCACAUGGUGAGGAUGACAACGUCCAUCCACAGUCCACUAGUCUCCAUGGGCUGCCGGCCACUCUGCCCCACCAGCCCCCCCGAGGUCGGGAAGCGGCGGCUGGCUGUGCCGGAGCUGAUGGAAAAGCACAGCAGCAAGGAACUGGAGGAGAGCUCCGUGUGUCAUAGUAACGGUGUGAAGUGUUCCUUCACUCCGGCGCCGGCGUCGUCCUCCCUCUUGCUCGCCAACUGCUGCUCGGACACGAAGCGGAGGGGUAGUGUUCUCUCAACGACUGCAAACGGCGUCCAGAACUUCCUCCCCCAUUCCUUGGUGAAUCGGAACAGUGUCUUCCCGUACGGCUGCAUCCCCACGAUCACCUUCACUAAGUCUGCGGAAAAAACACCCAAGAAGGCGAAGAAGACAAAGAGGCACAAGGGCCACCUGGAGCCUCCAGUCUGGAAGUACAAAUCGGAUAAGCAGGAGAAGAAAAGGGAAAAGGAGAAAUUAGAGGAAGAGAAGGGAGUGCAAGAGAAGGCACUUGAGAAAUCUAAAAUGAAGGCAGCCAAGGUGGCGGCCAAUGCCAAGGAGCCCGCCAAGGCAAGUUAAAUUGCCAGCUGUCUGUUUGUAAACUGCCACAGAGUGAGGGCACAGAACCCUGAGAGAAUAGAACGGCCUCUGUGCUGCCAUCUCUUACUAACUCCAAUCUGUGAUGAUGUCAUAUAAGAACGACGAGGGGACAGCUCCCCUGUGGUGGCCCCUUUCCGGGGCCAUCAUGGAAGCCCAGAUUCAGCUGUGCAGUGGUGUCUCCAAUAACAUGGGUGGAAACUAGCAUCUGAGCCAGACUAAGACUAAUGGAUGGACUGUUGUUUUUCCUCUUGAUUGGGAUAUGCUGUAAGGACUUACUGAAAUGGCCUGAACAUUCCUAGACUUUACUAUUCAUGUAUCUAUCAAGAGGAAUAUGCUUUUUAUAUGUUAACUUAUUUUGUUGUUUAAUUUUUGGGGAGUCAGUCGUUAAAAAGAUCAGUAGAGUUUGUUUGGGCUUCCGCCUUCUUAACAUACAGCACGUCUGAAACAACUAACUAAUCGAAACUGUGAAGGAACCAGAGCCAUAGCAAAGAAAUGUCAAAUUUCUAUUUGCACUUACUGAAAGAGAAGCAGGACAUUACCAUGAGUUUUUCAAAUGAUGAAUAGCUCCUGCCAAUUCUUAACAUAACAAUGACCAUAGGAGUUGGAAAGACAGCACAAACAGAUCUGGGACCAGAUAUCACGUAUACUCCCUCUCUGGCCUCUUGGUCAUCAGGCUGCUGAUUACCCAGCACAACUGUCACCGUCGUCUCGCGCACCUGCGCCUCAAGACACUCACCUGGACUCCAUCAGCUCCUUGAUAAUCUUCCCUUUAUCUGUCACUCCCCUUGGUUCUUUCCUCGGGUGUUAUUGGCUCUGUUUUCAUGUCGGUGCGUUGUUAGUGUUAUGUGUAUUGUUUCAUUCGUUUAUUAAAACACUCACUCCCUGAA